AUGGCUUACAGCAACAACAAUGUUUGUGAUCAUUUAUCACUAGGUUUAUGCCGUUGUACAACAACAACAACAACUAUUGAGACAAAAUUCUUGAAUUCUUCCAACAAAAAGAGGAAACUUAAGCAACAAGCAACUGAUGGUGCAACAAAGAAGAAAACAAAGAAGAAGAGAUGCAAUGAUGAUAUAGGGAGAAAUUGGGGUUACUCAACUAAGUUGAUGCUAUAUGAUGAUCCUUGGAAGGUUAAGAAAGUGUUGGAAAAGAGUGAUGUUGACCAUUCGAGUAGACUAUUGCUCGAUAAAAUUUUGGUUGAGGAUUUGAUGUUGCCUGUGCUGAGUGUUAAUGCUGCGAAAGAAAUUCAAAUGAAAAUAUGGGAUAUUGACACUAAAUCUAUGCACUCUCUCAAACUCAAGAGAUGGGGUUCAGGAAGCUAUGUUUUAAUUGACGGAUGGGUCAGAGAUUUUGUAGCUAGGAGGGGCUUACAGAAAGGGGAUGAGAUUGGUCUUCAUUGGGAUCGAUACAACCGACAUUUUAAUUUCACUGUUUUUCAAAUCUUCAAGCCAAUCAAGAUAGACAAAUAGGCUUAACAAAUUAUUUAUUAAUGAAAGUAUGUGAUGUGUAUUUCGAUUGUUACUACUUUUCAGUUU